AUGAUUUUUAGCUUUAAAACUGUUGCAUUGUUGGACUUGGACCCCAUGAACACAAUAGAAUCAUGGGAGGUAGUUCCUAAACCUUUAUUUGAUUUUGAUAAGGAAGAUUUUCAAAAAUAUGAAUUAAAUGCUUUAGCUAUAAAACUAUUGCACUGUGGACUUGGACCCCAUGAAAACAAUAUAAUCAUGGGAUGCAAGUCUGCUAAGAAAAUAUGGGAUCUACUUGAAGUUACUUAUGAAGGUACAAACGAGGUAAAACGUUCUAAAAUUGAUUUGUUGAUGUCUAAAUAUGAAAGAUUUGAAAUGCUACCUAAGGAAACCAUAGAAGAAAUGUUUACUAGAUAUAAUGAUAUAAUCAAUGAGUUGGGUUCCCUUGGAAAACACAUUCCUAUAGAUGAACAGGCUAGAAAGGUGUUGAGAAAUCUUCCCCAAGAUGAACGCUGGAGAUCCAAGAUAACUGCAUUGCAAGAAACCAAGGACUUUACCAAUCUGGCUUUGAAGGCACUGGAAACUGAUGACUCUGAAGUUGAUGAAGAUGAGAUGGCUAUGCUGGUGAGUAGAUUCAAGAAGAUUCUUGGAAACAGAAAGUAUGAUAGGAACAAGAAAUUCUCAAGUUCCAAAGAGACUACCUGUUUCAAGUGUGGCUCGAAAGAACACUUUAUUAGGGACUGUCCAUUGAAGGAAAAUGAUAGAGCAAUAUUCAAAGGCAAGGAUCAAGAAUCUAAAGAAGAAGAAGAUGAAGAAAAACCUCCUGAAGAAACUGCACAUCUAUGUUUGAUGGCCAAAACAGAUGAAAAGGCCAAGCUGAAGGAACUAGAGGCUGAGGUUCCGGUGAGAGGGAACAACACGUGGUACCUCGACAACGGUAACUCUGUUAGAUUUACUUCUAAUUCGUGCCGAAUCAUCAACAAUGACACUGGGAACAUUAUAUUAGAAGGAACUCGUAAAGGGAACACUUAUAUAGUGGAUCUAAAUGAAGUUCCUAAUAGCAGUUUGACUUGUCUCAGUGUCAUUGAGGAUGAUCCACCGUUAUGGCACAAAAGAUUUGGUCAUGCAAGUUUUUCUUUACUAGACAAGCUUAGAUCUAAGGAACUUGUGGAAGGUAUACAUGGGUAUUCUUUCUUUGAUGAAACGUUUGACGAGUUUUUUGCUUUUGUGAAGAAAGAAUAG